AUGGAAGGAGUCGGAGGUGUAUUGACGGCAGAACGUAGCCCGGCUCGUGCUAAUUUGCACGUGGCUUUCACGGAAAAAGGUGAAGUUAAAGAAAAACGUGAGAAAUUUCUCACGGCUAAAUAUGGUUCACAUCAGAUGUCUUUAAUUAGAAAGAGACUCGCUGUUGAGAUGUGGCUCUUUGAUGAGCUUCAGAAGCUCUAUGAAUCAGUGAGUGAUAAUGGCAAGAGUCGGGAAGUUGAGGUUGAUAUUGAUGAAUUGUUGGAUAUGGAUAGCGACGAUCAUAGACGAAGUUAUUUACAAGAACUUUUGGUUGAUGCUAAAAAACCCCAUGAUGUCAAGAAAUUCAUCAACGAUUUGCUGGAAAAGGCAAAAACACUCUGA